CGAAACCCUGUCACGUAUUGUCGUUAUGAUAACAAAUAUAUCUAGGCCUGUAUUGAAACAGAAACAGGUAGUUAAAGACACUGGUUCAUUUAUCUCUUGCAUAUAGGCUAGUGAGCAGGUGUGCAACUUGCCAAGUGAACAUUUGAUAUUAGGCUACGCCGCUGGUGGUGUUGCGUCAACAACCUGCCGAAUAGGGAGGUGGUGCUGGUCACAAGUCGGCGAGUCCCAUAGAGAUGCCAUAACAGCAGCAGCAUCCGUUGUCUACGCCCGAAGUGCCGCUGGUCUGUAGGCUACCUGUAUUCGGAAUCGGUUGAAGGCUGCACAAAUGUUUGACCGCUGAUUUACAAUUUCGAGGAAUUAGACCACGUCAAACAACGAAAGGGUGUGUCUGUAUGUAUUCGAUGGUGAUUUUGUUUGUUGCAUUUUGGUGUGGAGCAGCAUCACUAUAGGAUGCAAAGGGGUUUCCUGGGUGGUCUGUGAAGAUGAGCGUGACAUCAUGGUUCCUGGUGAGCAGCUCUGGGACCCGGCACCGGCUCCCCAGGGAGAUGAUCUUCGUGGGCCGGGAGGACUGUGAGCUCAUGCUGCAGUCUCGUAGCGUGGACAAGCAGCAUGCUGUCAUCAACUUCAGCCCAGCUACCGACGAGCAUCUGGUCAAAGACUUGGGGAGCCUCAAUGGAACAUUUGUGAAUGAUCUUAAGAUUCCAGACCAGACCUACAUCACCCUCAAGCUGUCUGAUGUCAUCCGCUUUGGAUAUGAUUCCCAUGUGUACGUUUUGGAGAAGAGCCAGCACAAAGUCCCAGAGGAGGCCUUGAAACAUGAGAAGUACACCAGCCAGCUGCAGAUGGGGCUGAAGGCCUCCGAGGACAAGAAGUCGUGUGAGCUGCUGGAGGACAAGUCCAAACUAGAGAAGACCGACAAGAAGUCUCUGUCUCAAGAGGCACCAGUCUCCCAGACCAGGCCGACCCCAUUGUAUGGGCAGCCAUCGUGGUGGGGCGAGGAGGAAGACAGGACCAAGGGACAGCACAGUGAGGGACACAGACCUGAAGAAGGUCACCCAGACAUGCCAAAGGACGCCUGCUCCUUGGAGCCGGAGGUGAACGGCUCCCUGUCAGAGUACCGAGACUCCCAGGGCAAGUCCAUCUUCCCCUACCACCGAGAGCCCAGCUACUUUGAAAUCCCCACCAAGGAGUUCCAGCUCCACCCCAAGUCCCCAGGGACAGAGCUCCACGAGAUCCCCACCAAGGAUACCGACACGCCCCCUGCCGCGCCCACUCCCACCAGUCCCACUCCGCCCGUGGUGCAGAGCCACGCCUCCUUCACCAUCGAGUUCGACGACUGCACGCCGGGAAAGAUCAAGAUUAAGGAUCACGUGACCAAGUUUUCCGCUCGCCAGCGGAAACAGCCGCAGCAGCCGACGGCGUCCGAGAAAACCGGGAUCGCCACGCCGACUGAGGUGAUGUCGGCGGAGUGCAAGGUGGCCGAUUGGUUGGUGCACAGCGACGUCAGCAUGAUGAGGCGGCGCCCCACCUGCGAGGAUGUGUACAGCACAAAGAGUGACCUGGCCGUGAAUAUGAAGACGCUCAAAGGACACCACCAUGAGGAUGGGACCCAGAGUGAUUCUGAAGAUCAAGUCUUAACAGGAAAGCGAAGCAAGUCGCACAAUUCUGUCCAGUCGGAGAAAUCCCAACAGUCGGUCCAGUCAGUUCAGUCGAAGCAGUCCGUUCCAGCACAGAGGUCAUUGCAGCCUCAGCCUCAACUCUCUCCACCUAAACGGACCGUGGUGUCCCCCGUGGCCCCUGAGAGGCCCCUGUCCCAGAGCCCCCCGGAGGGGUCCUCCCCCAGCCUGGACUCUGCCAAACAGGGCCCCCAGGAGCACCUCAACCAGCAAGCCUUUGUCAUUGAGUUCUUCGACGACAACCCGCGCAAGAAGCGCUCGCAGUCCUUCACGCACAACCCCGCCCACACCGACUCCUACUCGGCGCUCAAAGCCAAGCUGGAGCGGCGGAAGGGCGGGGAGCGGCCGGCCUCCAUGCACGCACACAUCCCGCCCACGCAGCAGGUGACGGUUCCGCUGAAGGGCCAAGGCCACGGGGGGCCCCAGAGGUCCAGCUCCCUGAAGAGGGAGAAGACGGAGGGGGACGGCUCUUCUCUGGCCUCCGGCCCGUCGUCGCGCUCCUCCCCGGGCAUCACCAUCAAGCCGUUUGGCAGCGUGGGGAAGAAAUCCAAGCUGGCCCAGGAGUUUGCGGCGGAGUUUUUGAAGGACCCGGGCUACGUACCGGUUUCCCCAACCAGGGAGAAGUCAUCGCCUCCUCCCAUGUCUGCCCCGCCGAUCAUGAUGUCCCCCGCGCGCAACCGGAUCCCUUCGCCCCUGGACCCUCCCGCCCCCACCUCGGCCUCUUACCCCUCCACCCCUGUGCAGCCAACUGCAUUCUCUCCCUCCCCCUCCCCCGCCCCUGCCCCUGCCUUAAGCCACUCCCCGUCCCUCAACCCCGUCCAAAACACCUCCCCCGUCCACUCCUCCGUACCCCCCGUGUCCCCCAUGCUGCCCCUGGGAGUCCGCGGGGUCGACCCCAAGGCGUCGAGGGCGGUGAGGACCGAGGAGGAGGACAGCCUGAGUGACGCGGGAACCUACACCAUCGAGACCGAGUCACAGGACAAGGAGGUGGAAGACGCUCGCAACAUGAUCGACCAGGUGUUUGGUGUCCUCGACUCCCCGGAGUACAGUGGAGUGACUGCAGGAGUGUAUAGGCCCAUCAUUAAUGAUGGCAAGGACGAGCAGGCUAGCCUCUGCCCUAGUGACGGUAGCACUGUGGAUCAAAUGCAUGGCUUUAACCCAGCCUCCCUCAGUGAUGCCCCCACGGGCCCUGUUCAGGUGCAGGCUUGUAGCAUCGCAGCGCUGGAGGGGCCAAAAUGGGUUUCCCAGUGGGCCAGUCUGGCGGACAGCUACGCUGACCCAGGGUCCACCUUACCCCAAGGGGAAUUUGUGGAAGGAGAUUCACGCCUCAUGAAUCGCUCAAUUGUGAGCUACGAUAACUCAGAAUCAGAGUCCAGUCAGAGUUCAAGGACCAGACGGCUCCUGCCCCAGGUGCCCCCUGGGGACAAGCCUGAGAGUUCCACCCCGAGCAUCUUGAUCAGGCACGAGCCCUACCUUGCUCAGGAACCCCUGGACAGGUGCCCUGGGACACCCCGUCAACCGGACUCCAUCCAGAGACUAUGUGUCCAGGACGAAGUGGACCCGGACAGCUUAAGUGACACCAGUCGCUCAGAUGACGGCUCCCUGCUGGAGAGGACCAGGAAGAGCCAGUCGAGGAAGGGGGUUCCUGCCACCUCCCCUGGGGAAUGUGGAGCCCAGUACAGGGGUCAGGAGAAGCUGUCUCCCUCUACCAAGUCCACUUCCUUCUACAUUGGGUCCGAGGAGUGUUCAAGCAGGUCCGAUCUGGCCCGGAGUCCAGUUCUGUCUCAGCCAGAGCGGGGACGCGACCCACCGGCCAAAAUGCCCCCCACCACGGUGCUGAUCAGGCACCUGAGCGGUUACGAACCGCGGAGGUCCGGAGUCAAGCCCAAUUACUCGGCCCCCAACCUUCAAACGCAGGACAAAGACGCGUUGCCCACAAAAGAUCACUCUAACUCCUCCUCCUUUGUCCGACAAGAGAGCUUCACCAAAGAGCAACCCAGUGACAGCGUGCAGGUCAAGAGGCUCCCUCACAUCUCCAGCCACCCCACCCUGAGAGACUUGGAGCAAAGAAGCGAGGCAGCGCAGGACCAGCAGUCCUUCCAGAGGGAGGCGGAGAACACGCUCGCCUCUCUGGAUACCAAAUUCCCCUCGUCGGGGUCCGGACGCAGCUCAAAGAAAGGCUCCAGCCACAUCGACGACUCCCUUUCGGGCGAAUCGGACGUGGACACGGCCAGUACCGUGAGUCUGCUUAGCAACAAGAACACGCCCGUCGCCUCGGGGUCCAAGAAGCGGACCUCCGUCAGCGGCCUCCACAAGGAGAAGUCCUCGUCCGGCCCGUCCAUCCAGGAGAAAAACCGGCAGCUGACAGCCCGCGAGCGCUUGUCGGAGAAACGGCGGAGCCAGGUCCCCACUGACAGCGCCAGUAAGGCGGAGGCCGCUAAGCGCUUCCAGAUGCGCCGUAGCGCUGGAAACCGUGGCUCCCUGGACCUGAACGAGGGCCAGCCGAGCGCCAGCCAGAACUGGCCCGACACCACGUCCUCCGACCACGAAGCGGGCUCUCGGCCUUCCGGCCGCAGCAAGAAGCUCAUCGCUCCUCUUCAGAAGGAGGACAACGGAAAGACGGCCAAGACCGCCGCCCAGCAGGUGCUGUUGCGUUCCAACAGCCUUUCGGCGCCACGGCCGACACGCGCGUCGAUGCUUCGCCGGGCUCGCCUGGGGGACGCCUCGGACAACGAGGGCGCGGAGACUGACAGAGGGUCCCAAAACUCGGACCAGGUCAGUGUGCCGGGCAAGGCCUCUGCGGACGCAAAGAAGCUGUCUCGAUUGGACAUCCUGGCCAUGCCCAGAAAGCGAACGGGCUCCUUCACCGUACCCAGCGACAACGAGUCUUCGUCCACGGGUCGCCCUGGUUUCACCGCUCGGAGCACGGAAUCCGCUGCGCCGGCAAGGAAGACAUCCGUGGGAGAGGCCAAACCAAGCUCCACCAGAGGGGCUGGGGCUUCAGGGAAGCAGCCCUUGACUCGUACCCGCUCCAGUGGAGCCAAAUACCCCAGCACAACCGCUUCCCGGCGUAGGCAGAAGGGCUCCGACUACACGUCCACAUCCGAGGAGGAAUACGAGGCCAGCGCUGGCACUCCCAAACACAAACGCUCCCACGCCUCUGCCUCCGCCUCCAUGCAAACGUCCCGAGGCCAGAAGACGGCGGUGACCCGCUCCAAGUCUGUCUCGCUGGAACCAGAGGAGGACGAACUCCAGAACGAGGCAGACCACUACCAGAACUGGUCCACACACAGCGCCGAGAUUGCAAAACUCAGUCAGGAUUUGGCCAAAGAUCUUGCCAUCCUGGCCCGUGAAAUCCAUGAUGUUGCUGGGGACGGGGAUUCCCAGAGUUCCUCUGGGAUGGGCACCAACCCAUCUCCCAGCUCCGUGCCGAACACGCCCGCCUCGACUAUCUCUGCCAGGGAAGAGGGCCCAUAUCCAUUUUUGCGUGGGGGCCUACCAUCUCAGCUGGUCCAACAUAUACCAGAGGCCAGCUUAAACUACCAGAAGGUUCCACCAGGUUCUACUGCUGUUUUGGACCUGGAUGCUAACAUGAAUGACCAAGACCCGAGCUCUAAGCAAAGGCGUCCGUGGAACCGUGAAGAGGUUAUUUUGGACAACCUGAUGUUGAAUCCUGUGUCUCAGCUCUCUCAGGCUAUUCGAGAGAACACUGAACAGCUGGCGGAAAAAAUGAAGGUUUUAUUCCACAACAAGACUGAGGCCUGGGAGGAGAUAGAAGCAAAGAUCAAUGCUGAAAAUGAAGUCCCCAUUCUGAAGACGUCAAAUAAGGAAAUCUCUUCCAUUUUGAAAGAACUGCGAAGAGUUCAGAAACAAUUAGAAGUUAUCAACACUAUCGUGGAGCCAACUGGAAAUCCCAAAAUGGCUGCCAUGGGUGCUACUGCCGCUGCUUCCGGAGGACAGACUAAGUCCUCGAAGGAGAAGAAAGCCCCCUCAAAGCCCACCGGGGGGGAAAGACAUCGUGGUCACGGCUCCACCACUUCUAAUGCCAACGAAAGCGCCAAGAGGUCCCCUCGUGGGCCCGACGGUGCAAACUUUAAGGCCUGAUCAGACUACUGUAGCAUAACUUUUCUAUAAAUCGCCUCCACCAUCGCGUCAACAAUUACAACUCAAAACCGAACAUGCAUUCUCAGUAGCAGCAAUGGUUAUCGUGCAGGCGCUGUUUAGAAUUGCUUCUACAUUGCACACACUCAACUAAAAGUAGACAAAGCUGUGUAAAAGAAGUUGCAACUAGUUGCUUGCUGAUCUAAGUAUAUUGUGUAAAAAAUAUCCAAACACUAUCAUACAGUAUGCCUUAUGGUCUAACAUUUGGCAAAUGAACCAAAUGAGACCAUGCAGUUUCUUUUUAAUGUCUCAGACAAUACACUACAAGGGAAAAAUACAUACUGGACGGCUUCCAAGAGAUGGCUUAACAAAGCAACGUAACAUAGUGGGUUUUGACAGUAAUAUAUUGACUGUCUUGUAAAAUGAUUAAUUGAAUGUUCCAGAGUGACUGGAACCUGACCUAAAGCAUCAAACUAGACUUAUUGCAGCGCUAUUUUUGUCAUGUUAAUAUUGUCAAAUAUUGUGACAAUGCUUUGUAUUAUUUGAAUAUUGUUAGAGUAGUGAAUCAUGAAAUGGUUGGCCCUAAAUUACAUACAGGAAGGAAAUAGAGCAAAUGACCAUUUUGAAUAAAAACUGCUGGUAUCUUUAGUCAAGUGACAAUCUAGACAUACAGAGAUGACAGUGUUAAAUAUUCAUAUUAUUAAUUAUUGUAGUUAUUCUCUACAAGAUUGUGUGAAAGUGAAGGAAUGCUAUAUGUUGACCUGUGAUAUAUCUCACAAAAUAUCAUCUAUCAUAUUUUGUUUAAGCAAAAUAUGUGAUUGUACAGUAUGGUACUGAUGUGCUUCUUCUUGGGCAAACACAUUGUCAGUUUAUUCCCUUAGUUAGCUAUUCAGUAGAAAAGUGAACUGAGGAGUGAAUUUAACCAGUACUACUCUGUUAUACGUAAGAUAAGUAUAAGUAAGAUCAGUAAAAUAAGAACAUUCUUAUAGAGCAAACUUCUCUUACUAUUAUACUGUACCUGUUCCCUCCUUCUUUCUCUAGGUUUAAUCCACUGUUUCUAUUAUUUCAGCUGAUAACGAUGUUCAUGUAAAAAUCAGCCCAAACUGAGUAUGUGUUGUAGUAUGCCAGGUCUAUGGUAGAAUGGUGAUGUUUGUGUCCACUGUGUCUGUGUGUGCAUUACUGUGAGUUGAAGCACCACUGAGAUCUUGAGUUUUCUCCUGUACCCUGCCAAGGCAGCUUGAGUUUGUGACACUAUGCCAUGAAUGCUGUAUACCUGUAGAUGUACGGAAGUUAAACAAUAAGAAAGUAACAAAAUAUUUUUACAUUAUUUUGUGAACGUGCAUGUAUACCAUAGCUAAGUUAGUUGGGUGAGAGGACAGGCUAGUUCACCAAAUGUGCACUUUUCAUUUGAAAUACACCUCAUGAAACAUGGGUGAUGCUGAAUAUAAAAAUGUUAAAAUAAACUAUGAAGUUAAUGACUUGUGGCUGACAUUUUGUAUUGCUUUAGCUUACAAGGGCAGGCUGUUGUAUGGAUGCGCAAUUUGGGUACUAUUGUAGUAGCCUGUCUACCUACAACAGCCCUUAUUAUGUUAAAUGCAAUUGCUUUUAUGUUUUUUUUUUUUUUUUUUGCAGUCAUCAAUGGCUAUGUUGCCAUUGAGAAUGUAUUGAUUCUGCCUACCCAGAACAGACAUCUGAUUGGUUAAUGUUUUCACAAUGCAACUGCUGCUGCUAAGGCUGAUGUCAUUGGUAAAUUUGCAUUUGUUUUAUUUGUGUUACAUGCAUGCAACUAAUAUAUUCUGUCCAAAAUUAUUACAAAACCGCAAACCGGUCGUCCAAAACGUAGCUUAUGUUCUAUGACUGCAGGAUUGUAGUCUUCUAAUGGCUAGAAUGUUGUUUUCUUAUUAAAUUAUGUUCUUUCAGAAUUAUUUAUUAUUUUGUGAAACUUAUUUUUGCGAUUUGUUGUCUGAGGUUUUCAAAAGUUACCAAUUUGUGCAUCAUCAACAAGU